UCCGGGUAAUAAUAGGUCAAAAAAAUUUCUUGUUGACGCGGCACAAAUAGAAGGCCCAUGGGAUUCCCCACGUCGCCUGCGUGGGGAUCGUUUUUCCCUUUAUUUAUUUUCUCCCUUUAUGAUAAUUCCCAGAAGUAUAGUAGAAUCUCGCAGUCAUGGUCGGCCGGCGGUGGCGUUCUCUCGCCCGUGUGCUAUGUAGCCAGUAGCCAGCACCCAAACUUCCCGCUAAACAAUCUUACAUAGGGUCGUCAGUCUCACCGGACCGUGUUUCGAGGGUGUCGAGAAUUCUUGGGGAAGUUCAGGUUUCCUGGAUCCCGGUGAAAUUUCGUACGACAUGAAUACCGUCAAGAUUAGCUGGGUUGGGCAAACUUUUGCCCUAGCUAAGUGCAGUGACUCUGGAGGGAAGAAGUCCCGCAUUCGCCGUUCAAAGGAGGAGAGGAAGGAGAUGGUUGAAUCUUUCAUACAGAAGUACCAGAAAGUAAACAAUGGAAAUUUUCCCUCACUUAAUCUCACACACAAAGAAGUUGGUGGUUCUUUUUACACAGUCCGAGAGAUUGUCCGGGAAAUAAUCCAGGAAAAUAGAGUACUGGGCCCUGCUAAGUUAACUUUAGAAGAGCACGACACUGAUCGAGUCUCUGAACAUUAUCCAUUGGGAUCAAUUUCCAUAGAACCUCAAAGUCAAUUGUCCAUGUCAUCUUCUGAAUUUUUCACAAGUGAUAACCAAAGUAUCCGUAAAGAACUGGUUUCAUCUUCUGUUGGACAAUCUACUGGUCAUAAUGAACAGUCAGAAAAUGGGGAAUAUAUCAAUGGGACGUGGAUGGUAGGAGAAUAUAAAGAAUCUAAUACAGAGAAAUUCCUGGAGCAGGGCAGUGUCACAACACAAGUAGAUAGUGAACCAUUAUUUGACAAGGUUCAAGUUGGUGAAAAAUUGGAUGGAGUUGAAACUGUUCAAGAAGCACCUAUCCCCAAUGUAACUCCGAUUGCAAGGGGCAUCAGUGUGGAGACGUUUCCAUUAAAAUCUGAUGGUAAGCCAACUUAUGACACAGAUUGGAUGUCAGGAGAAGCCAGUGACAUACCUGAAACCCUGAAAGAACAGGAACCCAAGGAAGCAGAAACAGCAACAGGCAACACUGGUUUGUUGAUUCACAGAAUAGAUUCCACAGAGGAAAAUCUUUUUGGUUUGAUGGAUAAAAAAUCAGCUGUAAACAAUUCCGAAUCAUUUCAGGAAAAAAUAGGUUGUUCUGAAACCCAAAACAGCACGGUGAGUACUCUUAUAGAGGGCAUAGGAGUCCCAGUUGAAGUGUCUCAGAAUGGUGUCUUAACCUUGCAGGCAGAUGAUCAAAAGAAGGCAGUUAUUGGGAUUGAGCCUAAACUUGUUCCAGCUGAAGUUCAUUCUCAGAAUGGCACUGCAUCCGGAAAGUCACUUUCUCAGGAGGCAAUAGGCAAAACCAAAGCUGAUAAUCAACAUGGUCAAAGCACUGGGGAAGGAGGCAAUUCCACUUUAAACAGACUUAACCUUGAAUCAUGGGAAGGAGCAACCAAGAAAUCUGGCAAGGCAGAAACAAAUCCAUUUUGGACAGUAUUUAAAGGUUUUAUCUCUGCCUUUGUGAAGUUUUGGUCCGAGUAAUUUCCCCUUAUUAUGUUUUGAGUGUAAUUUGAGAGGCAUGUAGGAUGAAU